UUGUGUCAUUGUAUGGCAGGGUGAGGGAAGGGAAGGUGUUCUCACCACAUUUCUUUUUAUUGAGGCUGCCGUCAACAACACCAACUAAGAAGUGAUUCUCUGUUGCGUUGUUUCGCUAGGUUCCCUUGAGUUUAUUCUCUCGGAGAUGAGCUACGGUCGACCUCCUCCAGACGUAGAAGGCAUGACCUCCCUUAAAGUUGAUAACCUUACUUACCGAACGUCUCCCGAGACUCUCCGCCGCGUGUUCGAGAAGUACGGGCGGGUGGGCGAUGUCUACAUCCCUCGCGACCGAUACACCAAGGAGAGCCGCGGCUUUGCCUUCGUCCGUUUCCACGACAAGCGGGAUGCCGAGGACGCGAUGGACGCCAUGGACGGGGCCGUGCUGGACGGCAGAGAGCUGAGGGUGCAGAUGGCACGGUACGGCCGCCCUCCAGACUCCCACCACGGCCGCAGGGGCCCACCACCUCGGAGAUUCGGAGACUAUGGCCGCAGGAGUCGAAGCCCACGGAGAAGACGUCGAAGCCGCUCUAGAAGCAAGAGCAGAUCGCGAUCACGCAGCAGAUCUCGUUACAGCAGGUCAAAAUCCCGCUCACGAACCAGGUCUAGAACACGCUCCAGUUCAAAGUCUCGCUCUGCCCGGAGAUCAAAGUCCAAGUCAUCGUCCGUCUCUAGGUCCCGGUCUCGUUCCCGUUCAAGAUCCAGGACUACACCCCCUGUGACAAAGCAGUCAAAGUCCAGAUCAAGAUCCCCAAGUCCCCCAAAGUCUCCAGAAGAAGAGGGAGCAGUGUCUUCGUAGGAUAAAGGUAAAAUAUGUAUAGAUAGUAUGUUCACCACUGGGUUGAAUUAAGGGAUUGCAUAAUGCUGCCAUUACUCAAAACUAGUCAAGGGGUUGUCCUUUUGGUGCCAGAAGAGGCAGUCUUGCCAUGUUUUUAUUUUUAGUUUUGCACAAACAUUGUUGAGCAGUUUCAUGCAGAUCUAUAGCUUGUAUUGUACAUAAUGGGGUAUAAUAUUGUGCUGUAUAUUGGGGUGUCCUUUCACUGAUUGUUUAAACCAAUAUCUGCAUUUUCCCCUCAAAGCUGCGGGCUCCAGUUGCUUAAGGAGUAUUGAGCUGUAUUGCAGAUAUUAAGUGGUUUUUCCUGAUCCUCCAGGGACCAGUUUCUGUGGGCGUGUAUUGGAGCAGGUUUGUGUCUGAUGUUAAAGAUGCACUAUCCUGGAUGCUCAGAGCCGAUAUUGAAAAUGUAAUGUUGCAUAGGUUACCAUCACUAAGGCAGGAAUGAAGUACUGUGGUAAAGGGGCAGUCCUUAUUUUGACUAACAUUAAUUCAAAGCAUAUUGGAAAUUUAUGCACAAAUCCUUGAUAGAUCUUGUCCCUGGUGUGCAAUAGUCACAAUCAAAAUACACAACUUUCUUACUGGUAAGUAAGAUCUUGCAUUGAAUUGCACGGGUAUGUGGGAAACUUUGGACUGCCCCUUUCAAGGAUGGUGUGUCUUUAAUUUGUCUUAACUGUUUGGUCUUUCAGCCGUGAUUUGAAGUUUUACAAACCUCAUUUACUUCACUCUGAUUACCACACUUCUCUAGUUUGAAGAGAAUUCUCUACACCAGAUUAUCUCCAUCCCCUUUUGCAAAGAGCACUACGGUGUAUAUAGAAUGCUGACCUAUGCUAACUACCCUACAAUAACUUCCAUAUUAAGCGCCAGUACUUUAUGCCCCUCACUCAAUGUGUGUAUAUAGUCUUUAUUCCUUCAAUUCUCAUUGCUUUUCUUUCUUCUCAUCACUACCAGAGUCUUCACAAAGAAACCCACGCAGGAAGUCAGAGGUGUUCUCUUUAAUCCUUCAGUCUAACGGAACAAUCCGUGGAGUAAGCAACAGCUACCGAAAAGGUGGUUAUUUGUAUGAUUUUUGUUUUUUCCUCCCUGUUUAAUUUUGCCUGUUUAAGUUGAGCCCUAUGUGGCAGACUUCACAUUUUAUGUGCCAUUUUUUGUUGCUGUUAUUCCAAUUUUUUGUAAUUUAGUGAACGCCUACAGAUUUCAUUAUUGGCUUGGAUAUUUGAGGUAACACGUUUCUGUUAAUAAAUUGUAUCGUUUAAAACCCAAAGGGUUGAGAAGGUAUGUCUAUACUUCACUGAACUGUAGUUGCUUGUGUUUGGACACUACUCAUCAAAGCAUUGUUUAAACCAGUGACCUAUUUUUACAAAUGUUAAAUUUCUUGUAUGUAACUACAUUUUAGUAUCUGAACCCAAAAUAUGUAUGUACAUGUAACUAUGUUUCAAGGGAGUGUUUUUAUUUGACUACAACUCUAAUCUCUUCUCUUGUGUAUUUUUGUGCACUAGGCGCAGUUGUGUAGCAGUUGAGUUAUGCUGGUUAGCUGUUAAGGUGGCGUGUUGCAGUGCAGAGUGCUUGGCUGUUUCCUGUUUUCUCCCGAUUGCUCCUGUGUAACGCUGCCUUGUCGUGCAGAAAAACAAAUGGCUGCCCAGUUUGUUAGAAUGCCUGACAACUGCACUUCCAGUCGCCCCGGUCUUGCAUAUAAAUAAUGGAGCAUACAGUGAGCACAUCUAGCUGAUGAUAAACACCUUUUUUUCAGAAUCUGGUAAACCUGAGUUUCAAAUGUAACAUCAGUGUCAUUCCAAUGUAUGUGUUUGCAUCUUUUUGGCUUUAACAUUCUGUACUAUAACCACUGUAGUUAAUAAACUUUUUCUUUUCUUUACAAA